ACCCACCCCGCUGCUUCUCCCCUCUGGUACUAUAUGAGGAGGCAACUUCACGAUUCGUCAACAAGAUACAUUCGACAUUGGUAGUGGUCCUGUUGAUCUCUCCAGGCAUUUUCGCUCCGACCGACUGGAAUCUGCUACUGUCUGAGGAAGAGAUCUGUGUACCUGAGCGCACUCCGCCGUGGGAAUUAUUAUUAUUUUCUAAUUUAACGGAGAAGCCAGACAUCAUCAUGCCUCGGUCAUUCCUUGUCAAGAAGUAUUAUUCCAACAAGAAGCCAUACUACAGGGAGAACCAACUGGAGAGCCAAAGUGCUUUUGUCCCAGAAAGCUUUCCACGGGCCGAGCUUCCAACUUCCAACAACAGCUCUGCCCUGACCUGCUACCCCACCAGUCCAUUCUUCAAUAGCGCCGACACCCUGCCCGCACCUCUUUCCCCGAUCACCCCAGUGUCUCUGUCCCCUUCACCACUGGGCCCUCUGGACCUCAGCAGUUCUCCCUCCAGCAGCAGCGGCAGUGAGGAAGAAGAGGACGGUGGUCGUACUUCAGAUCCUCCCAGCCCAGACAUCAUCCAGCAUAUCUACCACUGUCUGCACUGCAGUAACAGUUACACCAGCCUCUCAGCACUGUCCCACCACCAGCUCUCACACUGUGCUCCACUGCAGCAGACACCUUCUCUUCCCGUUGAAGUCCCUGUACGCCCGGCCUUCCACUGCAAACACUGUCCCAAGGAGUACACCAGCCUGGGAGCCCUAAAGAUGCACAUUCGCUCACAUACUCUACCCUGUGUAUGUCCAACCUGCGGCAAGGCCUUCUCCAGACCGUGGCUGCUCAGAGGACACAUCCGCACACACACAGGAGAGCGCCCCUUUGCAUGUCAACACUGUAACCGGGCCUUUGCUGAUCGCUCCAACCUGCGGGCCCACCUGCAGACCCACUCAGAAGUGAAGAAGUACCAGUGUGGCUCAUGUGCACGGACCUUCAGCCGCAUGUCCCUGCUGCACAAACACAAUGCCUCUGGCUGCUGCCCUGCUUCAUAGACGCACAUUCCCUGAACUGCUCUCAUGAGCCAAUUAAAGCUGCUUGCUGGUUGGGUUCCCCCCCCUCUGAUUAGAGCCAAUAUACCCAGAGGACACUGGACAGAUUUGUGCCAGCUCACCGCUAAGCCAUGAUGGGACAGAAAACUGCUUUUAUGAAACAACUUCUUAAGUGCCUUAAAUUUUUCAGGACUUAUGUAGAUUUUUCAGGUCCUAUUGGUAUCUGCAGCACAUUUUUGCUGCGUCUUGUCAACUGUGUGCAUGUGUGUGUGAUUCGAGGGCAGCUGGACAUGCAGUUAAUUCCCAGGAAACUCCAUCGGUGCCGGCCGGUCCGGGACUCUGGCCAUGUUGCAGCUGCUUGGGUGUGUUUGUGUCUGUAUGUGGGGAUGUCAUUCCUCACCAUACUAUACAUACAUGGCAUGUGUGUGUAUUCAUAUGAGCAAGUGUGUGUUGAGACAGCUGCCUGUGUAUGGUGUACUGUGGAGGCAGGGCGCUGAGAGACGCGUUAGCUGUGACCUCAACGACAGGUGACCCUCCACUCGCCCCUUCUCAUGCCACUCUCAUUGUGUGUCAUGGGACAUUAAAGGACCACUUAAACUUGACCAAAAAAAA